AUGAAUCCAGGGUCUGUCUGCAGUGUUUGGGAGCCUCCAGAGUGUAUUCUGUUGCUGGAUGCCAUCCAGAACACACAGGCUGCAUCUACUGGGCCCAGUCCUUCCAGCUUUCCGUCUUUUGGUGUCCGGGCCUUUCCGACGGAGUCCAGUCCAGAGGAGAGAGUGUCGGUCCAGCAGUUCAAGCUGGACGGAGGGGAGCUGAGGGGGGCCGAGGGCCCGGCCUUCGUACUCAGACACAGAGGGGUCGUCGUCGCCACCGACGCCGGGACUACAGCCACCACACACGCCCGAACUACAAAUCCCACCAGCCCACGGGAGCAUGAUGACACUACAGACUCCGCCCACCUCAGCCCAGUCGGCCCCGUACAGAACGAGAGCGUGUCUGAGGAGAGGACAGAGAGAGUGGAGGAUGGAGAGCAGGCGGAGGAUGGAGAGAGGGAGCCUGUGGAGGAGGAGAAGACUCCGGACGAGGGCUUCAUGGGCAUGAAGCCGCUGCUACAAGCUCACCACGCCAUGGAGAAAAUGGAGGAGUUCGUACACAAGGUAUGGGAGGGCCGGUGGCGGGUCAUCCCUCAUGAUGUUCUUCCUGAUUGGCUGAAGGACAACGACUUCCUGUUGCAUGGGCACCGCCCCCCCAUGCCCUCCUUCAGAGCCUGCUUCAAGAGCAUCUUCAGGAUCCACACAGAGACGGGCAACAUCUGGACACAUCUGCUCGGCUGCCUGUUCUUCCUGUGUCUGGGGCUCAUGUACAUGUUCCGGACCAACAAGGCCUUCAUAGCCCCCUUCCAGGAGAAGAUAGUCAUUGGCGUGUUCUUCCUGGGAGCCAUCCUGUGUCUGUCCUUCUCCUGGCUCUUCCACACGGUGUACUGCCACUCUGAGGGCGUGUCACGCGUCUUCUCCAAGUUGGACUACUCUGGUAUAGCCUUCCUGAUCAUGGGCUCGUUUGUUCCGUGGCUCUACUACUCAUUCUAUUGCUCCCCCCAGCCCUGCUUCAUCUACCUGAUCGUGGUGUGCAUCCUGGGCCUGGCCGCCAUCACCGUCUCCCAGUGCGACUUCUUCGCCACGCCGCAAUACCGCGGCGUCCGAGCAGGUGUGUUUGUGGGCCUGGGUCUGAGUGGGGUCGUCCCCAGCCUGCACUUUGUCAUUUCGGAGGGCUUCCUGAGGGCCACCACCAUGGGCCAGAUGGGCUGGCUGCUCCUCAUGGCCACCCUGUACAUCACUGGAGCCUGCCUCUACGCAGCACGCAUACCUGAGAGGUUCUUCCCUGGGAAGUGUGACAUUUGGUUCCACUCCCACCAGCUGUUCCACAUCCUGGUGGUGGCAGGAGCGUUCGUCCACUUCCACGGCGUGUCCAACCUGCAGGAGUUCCGCUACACUGCUGGGGCUGGCUGCGCCGUGGAGGACGCCCUGUGAACCAUCGACCGGUCGUCACGGCAACACGCCGCCCGGUGGAGACACACACACACACACUUUCUCUCCUCCCCGCAGCGAAACAGGCUGCUUUGCCUCCCUGUACAUCCCUGGAUGACCUCCAGAGAGCAACAUUAAAACAGACAGGGAGUUAUUUUCCUUGAGUGGGAAACCUAUAUAACUAUGUAUGACCUUUGUUCUGUUGUUUUGAAUCUUUGAUGGUUUGAUUGAUUUCAUUUGGUUGCAUCAAAGUUUUGUUUUGUUUGUUAUUGAGACUGGUUUUUCAACCGGCCCGAUGAUGAUGAUUUGGAGUUUCUUAUGGUUGAAUGUUGGAUGAUACAUAUUUUUGCUUAUGGUGCAUAGAGAAACAUAAUUGUUUUUUGCUAAAUGCAAUGAGGGUUGUCCGGGGAGAAAAACUCUAAAUAAUUCUAAAAUGAAUUGAAAAAGAAAAGAAGAAAAAAAACACUAGGUUUUCUCUCAGUCUCCCUUUGACAAGGGUGUUUAGGUUUGGGAUGUGCCGCUUUCAAACCGUUUUUUCAUGUAAAUAAGAUUUAUAAAUUUUGGGUUAUAUAGAUUUGUAUUAAAUAAAUAUAUAUAAAAUAACAAAAAAAAAAAGAGAUUUUGGACAAUAAUAGAAAAGCUGAGGGGGAAGAAAACACACAGAUACAACAAGUAAGAGUGAAACAAAACAAAAACUUUAAACAAUUGUUGUAGCUUUGAGGAGUAGCACACUCGCUCAUACACACAACCUGCGUGCUAGAGAUCUACCAGUAGGUCCCAGUACCCCUUACAGGUGCUUUUCUGAGGCCCAGAGUCAGGGACCAGGCUGGGUUCCCCAUGGUGUUGUCCCCCCAGAUAGACACUCCCAGACCCAGGUCUAGGGAACGCCAGGGUGCUACUGUGUGACAGUGGUUUCAGCCUCCUUCAACCAGAUCAACAUGAAGAACAACAGUGCAUCUCAGUGUUUGGUUUGGGUGUCUUUUCAUUUUUAGAACCAUUUAUUUUUUAUUGUUUACCAUGACCGUCGAUAAAAAGCUUUGUUUUCAACUUAUUUUUCUUUCUUUUUGUUUGCCCAGCUGCACUUGGCUGGACAUGAUGAUGAUGUUGUUGAUUUGUUUUGCUCUGUAGUUAUUUGGGAAGGGAUGAGUUCAAUGAUCAAUGCAGAUUAAGGCUUGAGACCCUCCAUUCAUCUGUUUGUUCAUCGUUUAUCUAUUUCCAAAUUGUCCAGGACCAGGGCAGAAAGAGACAGCGUUGUCUAUGAUUAGCUUCUCUUCUACCCCAGUUCUCCCAGACAACUCUUCUAUCCCCAGCUAAGGGAGAAGGCUUCUGAGAGUUGGUGUGUUUGAAUGGAAUGGUAUGGGAUGGGGGGGGGGGGGCGGGCUGUGUUUAAAGCUUGUAUCCUGUUGCAGUGUUGCAAUUCAGUUCCUCCUGGUACUCGAGGUAGUACCUCAAGGUAGAAAGGAGAGUCCAAGGAGGCUGAUCAAACCCAUUUUUCUAGAGUUUUCUGACGAUUUUGGGGUUAGUUUUAGUCAACUCCACACAGGACUGCGCUACCAGACUGCAGCGGUCUUGUGGGACUGUCCGGCUACCAGAAACAUCGGAGGAAGCUGCUGUGUUGUUUAAGUGUUAGCGUUUUUUUUUGUGUGUGUGUUUGAGGCGGGUGGGGGUAGGUGCAUUUUGUGUUUGUUGUUGAAGCACACAGUGUUGUGGAAGAGUGUAUGAUUGCAAUAGACCUUUAUAUCUGCUGUAUUGUUCUAAUAAACGUUUUUUUGGAAACUU